CGGCCAUUUAUUGGGCAUUCCAACAAACUCUUAAAAUUAAUUGCUACACAAAGUUGCACUUUCUCUUGCAUUAUAAAGCUCACAUGCACUUCCUCAUCUUUCUCAAAUUGCAUUCACUUCUCUUUUAACUUACUUGACAUAUUAUAUAUGUAGUGUGAAAAUUUUGCACUAAUUUUGAACAACAUUGUGGUAUUACUUCCAACAAUGUCGAGCCAAUUUUUAGUCAAGAAUGCUGCCAUUACUCUAGCAAUGGUGUUAUCAACUGUCUUCACGUCACUACCACAUCAGGCUGAGGGAGCUCGUGCUUUUUUCGUGUUCGGCGACUCCCUUGUUGACAAUGGCAACAACAACUACUUAGCCACCACCGCGCGGGCGGAUUCUCCACCGUAUGGCAUUGAUUACCCAACUCAUCGCCCGACCGGCCGGUUUUCAAAUGGCUACAACAUCCCUGAUCUUAUAAGUAAAAUCUUCAUUAUAUCCUUCAUAUUUUGCUGUAAAUAAUGUAUUAUGCCUUAUUGCUACCAUUCAAUUAUGUAACGUAUGAUGUUUGUGUAUAUUUAGGCCAAGCACUUGGGGCAGAAUCUACAUUGGCGUACUUAAAUCCGGAGCUCACUGGUCAAAGACUACUAGUUGGUGCGAAUUUCGCUUCUGCUGGAAUUGGAAUUCUCAACGAUACAGGGAUCCAAUUUGCAAACAUAAUAAGAAUAAACCAGCAAUUGGAGUUCUUUGCUCAGUAUCAGCAGCGAGUGAGUGCAAUUAUUGGUCCAGCGGGAACCCAGAGGCUGGUCAACCAAGCCUUGGUCCUAAUCGUACUAGGCGGAAAUGACUACGUGAACAACUAUUUCUUGAAUCCGCCCCUAACCGGAAGAAGAUUUCAGUAUAGUCUUGAGGAUUUCUCCGUUCUGCUCAUCACUGAAUACCGCAAGAUCCUUGAGAGAUUGUAUGAAUUGGGAGCUCGUAGAGUGCUGGUGACGGGUACGGGACCAAUUGGUUGCGUUCCGGCUUCAUUAGCCCAAUCGGGAAGUAGAAACGGGGAAUGUGCUCCUCUGCCUCAAAAAGCCGCGUCGAUUUUCAAUCCGCUUCUCAUCCAAAUGAUACGAAGCCUCAACCAAGAUAUUGGAUCCGACGUGUUCAUCGCUGCCAAUGCUAACCAAAUGCAGAAAAAUUUCAUCACCAGUCCCCAAGCCUUUGGUUUUAUUACUUCAAAACAAGCAUGUUGUGGACAAGGACCAUACAAUGGACUAGGAGUAUGCACAAUUGCAUCAAACCUUUGUCCCAAUAGAGAUGUUUACGCAUUUUGGGAUCCGUUUCACCCCACAGAACGCGCUAACAAGAUCAUUGUCCAGACCAUCGUCUCUGGAAGCACCGAAUACAUGAACCCGAUGAACCUGAGCACCAUCAUGGCUCUAGACUCCAACAUUUGAUAUUUACUCAAACUAGUUUUUUGUUUUCCUUUUGAAUGUUAAAUGAAGCACUUUCAAAAUGUAGUAUUGCUUACUCCUUUGAAAAAUUCGGGAUGCCAAUUAUAUUAUGGUACUGUCAAAUAGGCAUAUAGAUUGAAACUUGUCUUUUAGCUUAGCUCCAAAAGUGGACUGAGUUUUUAUAUUGCAAUUGUCUGCUCAAUUAAUCUAUCCCUCUCCGAAAGAGUGAAGUUUUGUUUAAGUUUUAUUCCAAUGGCUACAUUUGUAAGUUGUAACUAUCAUGGACGUGAAUUUUGUCAAACAGUCUAGUUUGUCUAACAUUUUUUGUUUUUCUGGGUCUAGGAGUGUAUCGUUGACCCAACAUAAAUAAUGGCCCGUCGGACAGUCUCCUAUCG